AUUGACAAUUGACAAAUCAAUGCAAAAACAAAACGUAAAUUUAUGUCAACAAAAUACAUGUGACGAUAAUAUGGUUUUUAAGUUUUAAUUAAAUGAAAACUUGUUGUAUUCUUAUAACAUUUUAUUUGAAAUUAACUAUAAAAUGUCGUUGAAUCCACUGACGGAAUUAAAGCGUCGUUUGGACGAAGACGCAACACCUUUGCCAAAAAGGUUAUGUUUAGCGAAAAACAUUAUUCAUUCAAACCACUUCCCAACCGCACCAAAGGAGAGAAUCGUUGGUCUAUGGCUGCUGACUUUGACACAAAACAACUCUCUAACAAGCACGGAGUUGAGGAAUGUGUUACUUUGGCUUAAUGAUUGUGACGAACUGACUAGUGAGUUAAAGAUUCAUUUAGUAAAGAUAGUAUCACAAUAUGUUCAAAAGACUCUACUUCAAAAAAAUGACAUGCAUAACAUAGUGAUGUUUUUGGAGAAUCCAAAAAUAUCAAAUCAAUUAAGUCAUCAAAUAGAUGACUACUUGACAAUCAUUAUCGCUCUACUCCAAUGUUUAAGAGGAGAAUUUGUAACAGAUGUGACUCUUUGCAAUAGAAUAUUUGAUAACAUGACAAAAUAUUACAAAGAAUGCAAGAAGAAACUUGUAUUUAUAAUAAAAAUACUCCAAGAAGGAAAUCUGGAAACUCUGUUUUCGUAUUUAGAUACUGAUUGCAGAAAAAAUGUCAUAGAUGUGUUUAAAAACAUACUUUUUCCGAUAAGUAAAAAAACUUUUUAUAUAAGUUACCUCCAGACUUUAAUAAGAAAAGACAAUAUUGAUGAAUUGAUAGCUGAGAAAGGAGAUAAUAUCCAAUCAGUUUUAAAAAUCAUGAAUGCUUUAUUCGAGUUUUCUAAAUAUAGAAGUGAAAAAAAUGAAAAAUUCAUAAGAGAUUUCAUUGAUGUAUUUGUAUGCUCUUUUCGUAGUGAAAGCCAAAUUAUUUUCGCAUUCUACAUCAUGGUGGCAAACUUUUUAAACAUGCCGCAAAAUUAUAUCAUUCCUGCAAUGAAUAUCACUCCAUUAAACUUUGAUAAUAACGACGAAAAAGUUAAAAGGAAUCUAUUUUUGAACAUGCUCGAAAUAUUGUUAGAAAAUGAGGCAGAUAUAAGUGUGCGACUGACUGAUACUUUUGGAGAAAAAAUAUCCAAAGUCGAAAUUAAGAAGAAUUUCAUGUCAUUCCUCCAAGUGGUGAUGAUGGGCCAGCUAAAACUUCAAGGGAAACUGGAAAAAACAACAUUGGAAAUAAUAAAAACGUCAUUAAAACUAGAUCCCAUGUUAAUUGAACAGAAAAUGAAUGACAUUCUACCGCCAAUAAUGGCAGCGAAAAAAAAUAAUUCAAAAAUAAAAUCUUCUUAUACAGAAAUGAUGAAUUGUCUUCUAGAAAUUUUGUUCAAACUGAGCCGUGGAACAUUAUUUUUAAAUAAUAUUCUACCAUUCGUAAAAACAAUUUUGGAGGCUUGCAAUACUGAACAGUUUGAAUUGAAACAGAUGUUACAACAGUCAACCGACGCUGGAAAUAUAGACGAUAAACUUAGAAAUAAAAUAAUAACAGGCAAUGAUAUACUUCCUGAUGAAUGUGUGGAAAUGUAUGGUAAAUUAACUUGUGAGUUGAUGUUCCGGCAAAAUAAAGAACUUUUAGAGACAUUUCAGAAGAAUUUCGAUGAGCAUUGUCUUAUGAUGCUUGAAGAAGGGUUUGUGAGUCCAUCUAUAAUAACUCUAGCGGAAGUGCUGUCAGCCAUCUUGUCCUCGUUCUUCCGACACAACAAAAUGGCGGACCAUGCGGUCCCGUUGCAGAUCGCGCAAGAUUUCUGGAACGCCUACAAUAAGUUUGAAAAUGAAUGCAUAAAAAAAUUUGGCGAAUGUAUAUUAAAACUUAGUUAUAACCCUCCAUUAAUUAAAUCAUUUCUGAAACUAUGUCUCGGAUAUUCACAAUUGAAACUUCUCAACAUGAAUUACAGUACCAUUAAAAUCGAUAUGACGAAUACAAUCGAUUCAGAUAUAUUCGAUUUCACUGUACUAGUACCGUGCUUUACUAAGCAGCAGUGGAUUGAUUUAACUUCAAAUGUAAAAGAUGACGAAAUAGUACUGAUUUUGAAUAAUUUACUCAUAGUAAAAACUAUGGCAAUGGAAUUGAUGUCCAUUAAAAAUGAAUCAGUAAACACUGAUGUUCAUUCAACGAAAACUCAUUUAAUAAAAGAUUUGUCCUCAAACCCGGAUGUUUUAAAUAACACUGAUUAUUAUACCACAGCAUUUUUUGACAAUUUAGACAAAUCACAAUAUAAGCAAGUCGCAAAAAGUCUGUUCAAAAUGUAUUUGAAUAAUUUAGAAACGGGGGUAUUUAAAACUGAAGCCAUAGUUAAUAACAGAAUGCUAAUAAAUGCAUUAGUUUUGGAAACGGCAAAGAAUAUCACAAAAUGUUUCGAAAAUUGUGAAUCUUUGACCAAAAGUUUGAGUAAACAGGAUUUUACAAUGGCGUCUUUUGCAAAAGAAAACAACAUGAAGGAUUAUUUUGAAGGAAUUAAAAUGACAGAAAAUCAUGAGAUAAUUAAACAUAGUCUCGAUUUGAUACAAAAGUUACAAGUUCCGUACCUGGAAGAAAACUACCAAUUGGUAAUAAUUUUCUUGCUGCUGGCAAUAAAGAAAUAUUGUCAGGUAAAAAAAGUCCGACGCCAAGCAGAUAAUAUACUUCAAAGUAUAUACGAAUUGAGCUUGCAACCUCCGGAUCUAUAUCAAAUAUUCCCUGUAGAGUACAUCUUUUCAUUUGACGAUGAUAAAAUGCUAAAUCUGCUAACACUUACAAUAAAAACAUCAAAUAAUAUGCUGGUUAUAAGGAAUAUGUUAGAAUCAGCAGUAAAAAGAGUAAGAACCGACAGUAAUAUAGUGAAGAAUAUAGUUAAAAUAAUUUUAAGUAAUAAAAUAACAGACUGUAUCGGAAUAGAUGUAUUCAACAAUUCUGUAUUUCAAAUUAUUUGUUUAAUACUGCCUUUGAUAGUGAAACAGAAAAAAGCUAUCACAGCAAGCGUCCACAGAUCAAUAUUAGCCGAAUUACAAGAACAAUUACAGAGAAAAUUGGUUCUAUCUUUUAAAAAUAUUGACUUUAGUGCCUAUGGAAAGGCUGGCAACACUGAUCAUACUAUGGUAGAAACUGAGACGAAUAUGGCAACACUGAAGGCUAUGGCGGCAUAUUCGCUCACACUUUCCAAGUUUUUCGAAACAAAUGACGAUGAUGAAAUUAAAAAUUUAUCUUUUGCAUGGGAUUCUUUGGAGUUCUUCGUCCAAAAUGCUCUCCAAUGCAUCAAAAACCCGGUAUCAAAACCACAGCACGUCGAAGCAUCUCUACAACUCCUAAACAUACCUCUGCGGCACAUAAAAAAAUUAGAAAUGCACGACUUAUUCAAAAACAGAGAUGAAAUGUUCGUUAAAAUAUGGCGCAGUGUCAAAUCGAGAUUGAUUAUAAUGUAUGAAAAUAGACGUGUUAAUGUGGAAGAAAUGGCAGUCACGUUGAAAUAUCUGUGUGAAUUGUCAAGCGUGGAUUGUUUUGUGGCGACAUUUGUUGGGGAUCUGACUACGCUCGUCGUUUUGGAGAAACCCGCCGACAUAAUCAAAGAAGCAUUUAACUCGAACAAAAUAUCUCUAAACGUUGCCAAAUAUGUUUGGAGCCAAUGUCUAAAGGCCAAUAUAGUUGGUCCCAAAUGUGUUGCCCUUACGAAAUUAAUGCAUCGAACUUGUAUGAAUUUGAGAUUUUGGAUCAGGCAACACUACGAAAUUAACUACAUUCCUACCAAGAAAAGGAAGAAGGUUAAAUUGUACACCGAAGAUGAGUUUUCACAUAAAGUGUUCAAGAUUGAUGAUAAAGUUUGUGAAUAUCUCAAAAUUUAUUUAGAUAUGCUCACGGAAUUAAUUUUUGCUUCGAAAAAGAUGAGCAUAGACUACAAGUUCAUAGACAGCGUUUUCUGUCUCCAACACAUGUACCAUUAUAUAUUGGGGGAUAAACGUGAUAAUGUUUCGUGCGAACUAUCCUGGACGGCAUUUUUUGAACUUUACAACGCAUGCGUGGGGGUUUUGAACGGUUUGCUCGCAGCUAGAAAAGAAAUGUUAGAAGACAGAUGGCCGUGUUACAUGCAGUGUUACAGAGUGCUGGUAACAUUACUGUGCGAGAAAUCAACAUCUAUGGUUAAACUGGAGAGGACUGUGGAAGAUAGACUGGCGGAGACUGCGCAUAAUGUUGAGAAAUUAACCCAAUCAAUAUCCAAGCAGAAGAAACAGGUUUCCCGGAUAGCAGCUUACACCGUGGGCGACAUAUGCUCACUAUUAGAGCGCACCACACCCACCCGGAUGGUCCGGAAACAUCUAGAAAAUUCUAUAGUGUUGCUAGUACAAGCGUCCGAUAAUACAUACGCUAUGGCAUUCUUAAAACGAGCUUUGGCAGGCUCGGCGGGACAUAUGACAAUGACAAAUAUGUAUAAUGUGUAUAAAAAAUAUCAUAAGUACGUUGGUAAUGCUUAGAAUGAUUAUCCGGUUUUCCGGAAUCCGGAAAUCUUUCAUAAGGCGGAAGAUAAAAAUCCGGAUGAUUUUUUUUGGCAAAACCAAUUUUUCGCAGGAUAUUUUUUCCGGAUUUUUCGGAGAUUAAUCUUGUAACGCGUUGUUAUUUCAACGUUUAAAAAAAUAAAAUCCAGACUUUUGAUCUGGUUGAUGUAAUUUGGUAUAAUAAAAUACUUCACAGUAAAAA